AUGACCAACAGCACCGUUCGAAUAAGAAGCAGUGCUGGCUCAUCCAGAAAACCAUUUCAACUCAGCAUUCACAAUGGCGAGUUGGCGCAGCUUCAAGCGUGGGUCCUUCUUCACGAGAACAUCGAAACUGGCGGGGACCUUUUUGGUCUGUGGUCAACAGACAACACUGCCGUUGUGCAUCUCGUUCUUGGACCUGGAGAACACAGCAGACGUACUACAACAUCGUUUUUUCAAGACACAGAGUAUCUUGGGAAUAAGGGUCGCCAACUUACACAGGAAUACGGUCUUUGUCAUAUUGGGGAGUGGCACUCUCAUCACACUUUGGGUCUGGCAAGACCCAGUGCGGGAGACGAAAGCACGGUAUGGCGUCAUAUGCCUAGCAACGGGUUUAGGCGUUUUAUUGUAUGCAUUGCCAACAUCGACCGUGGCGAGAGCAGCAGAAGUCACGCCUACCGUCCAAGUAUUGGACGAGAGAACUGUGUAGGUCUGGGCUGCUUCCUGUUUGAGGUGAAGGAUACCGUCACUUGGGAACGGUGCGACAUGUUGCAGGGCUCGUUUAAGGUAAUUGAUGGUCAAAGCUCAUACAGAAAGUCGCGAGCACUCCAUCAGACGAUAAGCAUAGGCGCUGAAAGUGUUCACUCUCCACAUGAAGUCAACGUCAAAGAACAGAUGUCAAUAUCGCGCGGCUGGGACGUCACAAAGACGGGAAACAACAUAGUUCUAUAUAGCAAAUCACGAUCCACUUCACUCAAUUAUGAUCAUCACACAGCAAUUAAUCGAAGUUUUCGUGAUCUCACUAGCGUUUCAAAGUCUGGUAUCGCACCUGUUAGCGACACCAGUAGUAGGACUGGAACUCCUAGCCAAACAAUUCGAACUUCGCAUGGCGGUGGAGGCAGAAGUCUAGCAACUGUCGAGAGCGCAAAGCCCACUUCAAGAAUGAGGCCCCAAACCCCAAGUGGGACGAGCAGCAGAGCACUCCGAGGUUCCGGGAGUAACCGUCAGGCUGUUACAAGCAUAAGAGAAACACUGAAAACUGUAGGUGCACCAUUGUGGGACGUAAUUUUACCCUCUCACCAGUCGCUUCUUGAGAAUCUGGCUCAUGAUCUCACUGGACAAUUGAUCAAAGAACUUGAAGCUGUCACUAUUCACUUCAAAGUAUGCGUACCAAGCAAGUGCGAUCUCGCGUGUAGACUCAUCUGUCACGACGACAAAGGACAUACAUUGAAAUUGUACACUAGUGGGCUAGCUACCACUCCUUCUUUUACCAUUGACCUGAACAGCAGACACAGAACUAGCCUAGUAGCUAGCACAAUUGUUGAAAGAGUACAGAAGAUCGUUGCAGGUGUAACAGAAAAGAUGCCCGCGAGAAAUCAAGUCAUUUCAGCAGCUGUACGAAGCCAGUACUCUCGAAAUGAUAGAAUCCAAAAUACUUCCAGAUAUUCAAAAUAUGACACCACAACCCGAAUGAGGACCAAUUCCCGGUAUGGCUGUUCAAAUUAUAUCAGAAGAGGCAGAAACAGCUAGUACCAAGUAGACUUGGAGAGUAACCUUCGAUGGAACAAAUACACGAGUAGAGUUGGUCCGUAAUAUUAUAAAACAAAAAAAUAAUGUAACUUAUGUUUCAGCUUUUUGAGGUGCUGUAGGAACUAGCUAAAGGGACUUGCAAUUAGCUCACAAUGAUGUGUUCACUGAUUAUAUACUUUACUGCAAUUACAAAUAUUGGUAUACCAGCAUUCAGGCGGCAUUGCUGUGUGUGUGUGUGUGUGUGUGUGUGUGUGUGUGUGUG